AUGCGGGCUGCCAAUACUCAGCCGGGCGCCUCCGGCAGGGGCUUCGUCCCAGGGUACACGGUGAAGUACCGCGGCUCGCAAAAAGCAGAGGAUCGGUUCGGCGUCGGGUGCAGGGAAGACAUCUCGGAAAUGCUCCACGAUCAUGAAAAUGAGCCGCUCGCUCAGGACUUCUCUGGCCAGUGGGAGGACUUUCCUCGGGUUGCAAGAGCACGCAUGAACCUGACCGCACUUUCUCAGCAUUAUGACUUAUAUUUCGUGGCAUACAUGGGUUUUGUGCACGUUUACCGCCUCGGUCGUGGUAUCAGGGUAGCGCUGGGGGAGCCAGAAGCGAUACUCGACCCAAGAAACAGCAAGACUAAUAUGUCCAAAUGCGUCUCCGCUGCCAUCAACCCUAGCUGCCCGAACGCGAUGAACCACAUGGUCGUGGGCGAGUUGGGUGAUCAGGAGAUCCUCGUGGUCUGCAGGGACAAUGGCGAUGUUGAGGCUUGGUAUACAGCGGCCAUCGCGGAAUACAUUCAGAGAAACAAGCGCACGAGCAAAGACCGGGAUCAGACGAAAGGCCGCGGACAGCAGGCAGACAGAAUACCACGGCAAUCACACCCAAGGCACUUCUUCGCAGACAACGUCGGCGAAUCAGCAUGGGGCCUGGCAGUCCACAAGAAGUCUCGCUUAAUAGCGGUCUCUUCAAACGGGCAUGAGGUGACCGUGUUCGCGUUCGCCCUGAACGGCGACAGUGAGGCUGCCAGCGGAGCAUCGACGGACAGCGUCGAUGUUCGUCCCAAGGACGUUGGCGACAGAGAUAGAACUAAAAGUGACAGGGACACCAGUGGCGCACCGUCGCAGGGCGAAAAGGGCCGUGUCAUAAUGCAACUGCCGCAAACUAAGCCCAGUGUUCUUGCUGACAGGAUGGACGAGCCUAUCUCUAGGAGAACCAGGGCAAACAGGCAAGCCAAUGUCGGACAAGCCCAGGCGACAGUGGAAGAAGCCGCAGAACAAAUCGACAUGCUGCAACAAAGGUUGCAAGCACGGCAGCGGACAUGGCGGAUCGUCCUGUCCUUUGGCGUGGAUGCAUCCAACAUGCCAAGCAUUGCAAUAUGCGACGAUGCCGACGGAAAUGGCAGCCGGAUUGCUGCCAUCGACAUCAAUGGCUAUCUUUACGUUGCCGAUAUAUGGCAGAUCGCUCGGAAACCUAUCAGGAUCCCUCCCCACAACGUUCAGUUCCCGGGCGGAAGACGGUAUAGGUUUGUUCGCGGCUGGAACGUGCUACCUGUCAUGGAUGCGCAGUUGCUACCAACCGACACGGUUCACGCAGCUGUGGGUCUGCACCCAGACAAAUGCAUGUCGGAGGUACGGUACGACGCUGCCUCAAGGAGGCAUAAACACCGUAUCGCCGCGUUUGAGUCUGAGGAUUAUAGCGAGGACACCGACGGUAUCGCCAGGGAUACCUUUUCCCUAGUUGAUUUCGAGGAAACAGCCACUUUAUCGCCGCAUCUCUCGGAUAAGAUAUGGCAUCCGGUCUACGACCCCAACGACGGCAUUGAUCUCGACAGCCAAGGUCCUGUGCGGUUGGCCAUGACAAUAGUGCCCUUCUCGGGGAACCACUUCACCGACCUCGCGACGCCCCGGUCAGUGGUUGAGUUUGCGGGAAUCAGGGGUGCGGCGAGGCGAGCACACGAUCUGCGUGUGCCCCUCAACAUCAGUCAGUUCCGGCAGAACGCUCAGCAGUGGGAUGGGGAAGACCUGCUGCGAGACAUAAGUUUCCUGCGGUUCAACGAGGAAGAUGUGGAGAUGCUCGCCCUUGGCGAGACAGACACUGGUGUUGUUUGCCAUCAUGUGCUGGACAACGUGAACACGAACAGUGCUGAGGCCCCAUGGGACAUGGGGCUUGGAAAGAGGUGCAGCAUGCUCCUCACCAUUCCGGAGCUUCACCUUGUGAUCAUGGGUUCAAUGUGCGGACGCGUUGCACUCCUCACGCUCACGAGGCCGAAGCCGCCGCAAGCGGAGAACGCGCCCGGGCGUGCGUUCCGCGUUGACGCCGUCUUACCUUUCCAGUACGAAGAGGAGACUUCUGAACGCCCGUACGUCUGCUUGUUAGGUAUAGCAGUCUCGCCGAUGCCUGAGCCCCGCUCGCGAGGACUCGAACUGAGGCGGCGGCGGCGAGUGGGGAAGGGAGGCACGCGUUCUAUUGAACCAGAGCCGCCGAGGAGGUGGAGGCUGAUCCUCAACUACCAAGACCAUACAAUCAUGCAGUACGACAUCGUAAAACGAGACGAGGGCGAGACGGCCCUAUGGGACGACUUUGCUGGGUCGAGGGUGCAUUCCCGCAAGAGGUACAAGGCCGAGGACAGUGAUACGGACGACGACGACUCGGACUCAUGGGCUGACACCGAGGAGGACGAGGACAUCACCGUUGGCAUGGACCAGGACCCGCACGAGCACCUGGUCGCAGAGGAUGUCAUGGGCGCGAUGCUGGACGACCUCAACCAGGGGGAGCUCGCGGCAGUCUUUGUGGGCGUGGGAGAUGACGGCGAGGAGAUUGACUUUCCGGACAUGCAAAUCGCCUGA